AUGGAUCCCGAGUCUCAGAAGAAGAUCCUCGAGUUGGAGCAGGGCUUGGACGCUCUGAAGCAGCGAUGCGCUGAGCUUCGGGCACGGCAGAUCGAAGAGGAAGAGAAAGAAGAUGCAGCCAGCCCCGAGCGCCAGGAGAAGAUUCAGCGGCUCGAGGCGCGCAUCCGACAUCUGUUGGAGGAGUGCCUCAUUGGGCGGCUCGAUGCCUACGAGCGAGAGCAGGACUUGAUCUUGGCGCUGCAAGAUGCCUACAUUGCUCAGCUGAAGGAAAAUAUUGUGGCCUCCUGGGGAGAGGUUCCUAAGCCGAAGGAAGAGUACGAGGGAUGGGAUGCAACUCGUACGUCGAAGGAGAUUCUGCAGUGGGUGAUGGAUAAGUUUGGUGGAUAG